AUGGGGUGGGAGACAGGAAAUGAUGGGCACCUCCAAGAGUGGGGAAAGGGAGUUCUUCUAAGCCCUGUUGGGGAUUUCUCUCCUGUGAUCCAAGCUCGUUGCCUGCACAGGAGGCUCCUGGCUCUCAUUCAUGUUGCCCUGUGGAAAUGGGCUCAGGGAACUGGGACAAAGUGUUCCUGGGUAAACGGCGCCGUGUCUGAAGAACUUCACAAACACACAGGACAGACCCUCCUCCUGCAAUGCCAGUACUCACCCAAGACAGGACCCUAUCAGUCCAAGACCUGGUGUCAGCAGACAUCUCCAGAUCAGUGUACCAUACGCACCAGCUCCAAGCCCCGGACAGCAGUUCAGAAGUCUCGUUACACAAUCUGGGAUGAGCCCGACGCUGGCUUCUUCAACAUCACCACGAUUCAGCUGACACAGAACGACUCGGGAUUCUACUGGUGUGGAAUUUACAACACUUCCAAAAAAGUCAUCACUGUUCUUAGAGAUAUCAAUCUGGUGGUGUCUCCAGCCCCAACAACGUCUCCUAUGUGGACCUUCCCCCGGAUCGCAACAAGUACAGUUCUGAUCACUUCUCCAGAGGGGACCUCUAGCCAUCCCUCCAUCAAUGGCUCUCAGACCAGGAAAUCAAGUGCCCCCGCCUGCCUUGGCUCAGGUGGCCCCAGUUUGCUGGUCUCUGUGCUGUGUGGACUCCUCAUGGCCAAGGGCCUGAUGCUGUGAGUCCUGUUUGUGUUCCUGACCUGCAGGUGCCACAGGACAGCCGUGACGGAGGUUUCUGAUUGUCCCAGCACAGUCUUGUCCCAGGACCCUUAGGUGCAUGAGCCACAGCGUGGAUCCAGGAUGAAUCCCAGUUCUUCCCCUGCCCAGCUAUUGGGAGCUGCCCUAAGCAUCAGGCCCCACCUCCCCGUGAGGAAAGGCCAGCACUAAGCCUGUUGGGGAGAACUUUCAGCUCCGUAUCUCCCGGGUGGUGAUCCCUCACCCCUGCCCGGAACCCUUUUAGAUCUACUUCCGCUGACCUGCCUUCUGCCAUUGGGAAGACCUGGGGCGGGGGUUUCUGCAUCCGGGUCAAUGCCCAGCUCAGCAUCUUCAGCAGCGCCUGGUCUCCUCUCCAGCACUCUUCGGUUUUCUCAGCCCCGCCCGGGCAGGUCUCCAGGAUUCCUCACAUUUUCCCUGUUUGUUGCCUGUGGUCUGCCCGAGAGUCCUAUGAAUUUCCUCUUGUGCUUAAUUAAAUUCAGCCUCUGAACUGAAAUGUGUCAGGGGCAACUGAGCAAGAAAGCAGGUGUAUCCCCUAAACUUCCUCCCCUCCCACCUCGGAUAUCCUAAAUGAGAGAGAAAUGACUUAAAAAUAAAUGAUAAAAUUGAAACUAAGAAAGGCUGUAAUCAGCAGACUGAAAGCUGAAGAAGAUCUAGAAGUAAAAGAAAAAAUCUUAACAUCCUUGGCCUCAAAAUUGUCAUAAUUCCCUUAACCACAAUUUUCAAGCAGGUGGUAAAUU